AUGGCGGUUGCAUCACUCACCGACGUGGGAAUCGUGGGAGCCGGCGUCGCCGGUCUCUCCCUCGCCAUCUACCUCCGCUCCAUCGGCCUCAACGUGACCGUCUACGAAGGUCAGGCUGACAACAAAGCGGAAUACACUAAUCUUUGGACUCUCACUCCCAACGGUCUCCGGAGUGCAGAAGCACUCGGCGUGUUGCCCGAGCUUCAAGCAGUCGGCGUCGCCUACGAGAAUAUCAACGUGCUCAACGGCGCGAAAGAGCCCAUCAGCAAGCGCGAAGUUGGAUCCGAGUCCAAGCAUGGCUACUCAGCGCUCAGCAUCUCUCAAGCCCAAGUCGUUCGCGCAUUGACAGCCAGGGCAUCAACUGCGGGAGUUACCAUUCACUACGAGCAUGUCUUCGCCUCAGUGGUGACAGCGUCCACGAGCAAGGAUGUCUCCAUCUCUUUCACCAAUAAGUCCACCGCCACCCACGGCCUCCUGGUCGGAGCCGACGGCCUCAACUCCGCCGUUCGUGCCCACAUCGCCCCGACAUACAAGACCUCCUACAUGGGCAGCGUCGCCCUAGCCGCAUCCGCCGCACGCUCGACUCUCGUACUGCCCGCAAAUUCCAGCCUUCCACUCUCCAUCGCCGACCCACGCGGCCACGUCAUGUUUUCACCGAUUGGCACAGAAUCUUGCUCAAUCGCAAUGGCACACGCAAUGGAAGCUCCAGAAUCAGGCGACUGGACCGCUCUCCGCCAAGAUAAAACUUUCAUCCAAUCUGUCCUUGAUCAAAAAGCCGCAGCAUGGGAUUCGCUCGUCAGCGAUGUCGUGAAGGAUCUUGAUCCUGUAUCUCUGUCCCUCUGGCCGAUGCUUUCGGGCGCUCCGCUUGAAAGCUGGGUUUCAGACCGAGUCGUUCUCAUCGGCGACGCGGCACAUGUUCUGCCGCCGGUGGGAAUGCUUGGCGGGAAUUUGGCGCUCGAAGAUGCGCUCUCGCUGGGAACAACCCUUGCGAAACUCGUGAAUGCCGGGUCGGAAGGUCUGCACACGGGUUUGAAACAUUGGGAAUCGCGCCGCAUGACCAGAUUGGCGAGAGUCGCUGAGGUCAGCAAGUCCUUUGGUAAGAUGAGCAAGCAAGCUGGUUCGCCUAACGCUGCACCGGCGGCACCCCCGAAGCCGGACAAUGGAUGGUUGUAUGACUUUGACGCUGUGAGGGAUCUCGAGGUGCAAGCCUGA